UUUGCUAUGUGUUUUCAGCACUGAUACGUUUCAGAGCUCAGUCUGAGCCUGGCUGCAUUGUGGAAAGGUCACUCCUUGCCUGGCUCCACAAGGCGAGAGCUGAUCUCCGGCAGGUCUGGGGGAGAACCGUGUUAUAACCAGUGGGAAGUGCUGUCAGUUUCCCUAGCGCAGGCGAGGCUUGGAGCAAAAGCUGUUACCCAGAGUCCAGCUCUUUAUGCACCUUUCCCUUAUCCAUGCUGCUAUCUGAGGCCCAGGAGGCCGCCAGGGUGAAGAGAUCAUUGGGAGCCGGGUGGUAGCACCCACUGCUGAGGCAUUAGCAGCAGAGUCCAAGCAGGACAUCUCCUUGAGCCCGCUGCUCCUCUGUCCAGCAUCCCCAGGGCUGACAACCACAGAGCAAGGAACUCUGGGGGCCUGCUUACAAAACCAGGGGCCCAGUGACCAUACAGAAACAAGGCACAAAAGCAGGGAGCAGGAGCCAGUUCCAUGCUCAGUUGAAUUCAGGACUUUUAAAAACAUGCUUUGGUGGAGUUUUUGUCAAGACAGUGGGGCACAGCCUGCUGCAGGAAGGUUUGUACUCACAGCACAGGUGCAUCCUCUGUUGGAUGUAUAAGGAACACGUGGUGAUUUGAACGCUGGUUCAGAGAUGGAAAGUGCUGUUUGGAAGGCAAAGAAGAGGGUCCUCCCACCAUGGAUGGCAGUGAGGGAAGUGGAGCCAAGAAAGACUAUGUCAGCAGUGAGAGCCAAGAGGGUGAAGAAGCCAGCUGUGGCAAGGACCGUGACUGUCUAUUGUAUGAACGAAGCGGAGCUGGUGGACGUGGCAUUGGGGGUCCUGGCUGAGAAUUGUAAAUACAAGGAAAUGGAGGGGAACGUUCCAUCUGAAACAGAAGGGGAGCAGGAAAGCCAGCAAACACCGAUGGAGCCUCAGUGGAGUCCAGCAAGCAGUGGCGGGGCCAGCACCCCCAGGCCAGACCCCAGGCCCUGCGCUCAGCCAGAUACUUCGGGCUGUACUAGCAGGACAGACUCUGAGGACGACGAGGAUGAUGCUUUGAAAUACGUCCGGGAGAUAUUUUUCAGCUAACGUCUUGUGGAGUUUUUUUUAAGCAGAGCAAAAAUAAUACCAAGGGAGAGGGUGAGGCAGACCCAGAGGCUGGCUCCAGUGGGUGGGGAUACAGCAGUGUGGGGCUGUAUGGGUGCCCCCAAUGUCCUCCCAAUUCAAAGGGAGCCUGGAGCCGUGGGGUGAAUGGGGCCCCAGGAGAAGGGAGCAGGUGAGAAUGUCUGAGAGGAGCUCGCCCUUGUUCUGCCAUGAGCUGCAUGGCCAAUGUCUGGUUCAAGUACAGCCCUUGCCCAGCCUCUCACCUACCCCCUUCAUAGCCUCUUCCUUGUGAGCCACGGGUCCCCUCCUCUGCAGGCCAGCUCCCCAGCUGAUACUAAGUGGCCUCCUGAGUGUCAGUCUCUGCCCAGAAGUCAUGGAGACUGAACUCCCCUCCCAGCUCUGGAGUGGAGCUCGGCAGGGCAGGGACUUGAAGGUGUGGGGGAGACUUGCUGUGUAGCAACCCAUGAUCUGUGAGUAAACAGUUUGUUCUGCAGGGUUGUCAUUGGGGCACCUUUUAUCAGUAUUAUAUUAACUUCGAAAGGUUAUUAAAAUAUUUAAUGUCUCUUUUAAAAACAAGUGUACGUGUGCUCUGACUGCACCAUGAGCCACCCUGUGCUGUCUCCUCCCCCACCUGUUAGCAUGAUAUCACCUGUUAGUGUGAUAUUUACCUGAUCUGUCAGUGGACUUGCAUUGUCUCUGCUUGAUGGCCAGGUGAGCCAGAGAAGCAAACCGGAUCCAUUGCCUAGGGCAGACGUGUUCACAAGCUGCCCCUGCUGUGCCUGGUUUAAAUGCACUUUAGUCAUAAUUUCUGCAUCUACCCACAACUCUUAAUACCCACUGUGUGUCUACCUCAGGCAGGAGUAGUAGUGAGCAGAGAGUGGUUAGUUUGCAAACGAUCGCUGACAAGGCAUAUUGUGUACAAAGAUUAUUGCAAUGGUGCGAAUAUAGGGGGCUUUGAAUGCACAUGUGUUACUCAACCAGAGAGCGGAUAUGGCACCAGUUGAACAUGUUCUACAACAUUGCACCACCGUGCUCCAGCUCUGUGCUAGUCAGUCCUUGGCCUGAGCCUACUAGACAGCAGGGAGAGGCCCAGUGGUGCUUUCUGCCCAACGGGGACCUACAAACUGUGUGGUGAUGCCACUAUCUCAUUUGCCAUGAACAAGUAGCGGGUGGUGAUAGUUAGCUCCGAUCCACACCCGUAGAGACUAAAUCUCUGCUAUGGGGAAGGCUCAGCACCUGUUUCCCAACUAUCUGAGCUGCAUUUUCUGCCAUGUUAACAUAUAAAAUAUGAGCAUCUAAUCUGAAAUAUUUUGCAGGCGGGUUUGAAUGCACACUGCUGUGCUGGAAAAGGUUUUCCACUGUCAUCGUUUUGGCCUCCUCUUUUUCAGUCUCCUGGCUAAGAUCAAAGAUAGUAACACAUCUUUUACUGGGGACACCCCCCAUCUAGCUCCCUGUCCCUUGACCACCUCCUGCCACCCCAUCCAACCCCCUUGCCUUCCUGACUGCCCCUCAGGGAUCCCCACCCCCAUUCAACUCUCUGUUCUCAGCUCUCUGAUUGCCCUGACCCCUAUCCACACCCCCACCCCCUGAUCAUCCCCCUGAACUCUAGCCAACCCCCUCUGCUCUCUGCCCCCUUACCAUGCUGCCUGGAGCACCGGUGGCUGGCGGUGUUACAGUUGUGCCAGCUGGUGGGAGCCAGCCACACCACUGCGCAGCACAGAGCACUGUGUCAGGCUGGGCUCUGCAGCUGUGCCACCCAGAGCAUUGCACUGGUGGCGCACUGAGCUGAGGCUGUGUGGGAGGGGCCAGGGUCAAGCCUCCUGGGCCAGGAGCUCAGGGGCCAGGCAGGAGGGUCCCGCGGGCCAGAUGUGGCCCGCAGGCCAUAGUUUGCCCACCUGUGCACUAAACCUCUGUGACUGAUUAAUUAAAAUGUCUUUGUUUCAGUGAGUUAAAUAUGUAGUAAUCUGGAAUGAUUACUUUAUGAAGGCUUAAGAGUACAUUUAAAAUAUAAAAUCAGCUUAGAAAUACUGAUUAAGAAAAUGUAAAACGGAAGAUAUGCAUUGUGUGUUCUGGGGUCAGCAACCUGUGGCACACGAGCUGAUUUUCAGUGGCACACUGUUGCCAGCCUGGGAUACCGGCUGCUGGCCUGGGCCUCUGCUCCUGGUCUCGGCCAGCACUCUGCAGCUGACCCCAGUUGUGGCCCACUGGCCCCAGCCUCAGGCAGUGAGGGGUGCAGACAGGGGCAAAAGGGGGCGCAGCUCAGUACCCCUGUCUUAAAAAUUGUUCCAGUACCACUGGGAUAUUUUUAAGUCCUGGUUUGCUGCUUAGAUCAGGCCAUGUGGAACAGCGCACUGCGUUUGACAUUGUGCAUGCCGUCUGUCAGCUCCUAAGAAAGCAAAGUUAGAUGUCCAUUCAUUUCAGCCUUCUUGGACAGACACAUUUGGAUUUAUUCAAAAGAAGAACCAUGCUGUUUGUGCUUUCUGUUGUGAAAGUGUUGUUUGUCGCACAUCAAGUGUUCAACAUUUUGAAACGAAGCACGAGAAAACCUUUCUUGACAAAGCAGACAAGACUGAAUCGAUCAAAAAGGCAGUAGCAGGAUAUGAGAAGCAAAGCAGUGUUUUUAAAUGUUUAAGUGUAAGUAAAAAUCAAGCUACAGGAGGAAGUUACAAGAUUACACAGUGCAUUGCAAAAAACAGAAAGCCGUUUACAGAUGGGGAAUAUAUAAAAGAAGUUUUUCUCAGUAGCUUGGAGGUUUUGGUCAAUGAUUUGCCAAAUAAAGAUACAAUCAUAUCUAGAAUAAAAAAAUUCCCGUCUCUGCUAGAACAGUUGAGAGACGCAUAAGCGAAAUGGCAGAAAACAUUAACUAAAAGCAGAUGACAGCAUUAAAAGACACAGCAAUGUUUAGUGUUGCAGUUGAUGAGCAUGUGGACCUAAAUGACAUUCCACAUUUGGCAGUUGUUGCAAGAUAUUGUGCUUCCAAUGAAAUCCAAGAGGAACUUUGUUGCCGAAAACCCCCGCAUGGCACAUCAAAGAGGGAAGAUAUAGCGGGGUUGACAUCAGAAAAAUAUUUUGUGUGACCACAGAUGGUGCUUCUGCCAUGGUCGGAAAACAGAAGGGAUUUGUGAAGUUACUCGAAGAUCAGAUUGGCCGCCCAACAGUCAAAUUUAACUGUAUCAUCCAUCAAGAAAACCUGUGUGCUAUGAUUUCUAAUUCAGAGCUUAAUAAUGUGAUGAAUACAGUCGUGCGAAUUGUGAAUUUCCUUGUUGCUUGAUCUGCUUUGACUCAUAGACAGUUUCAAGCACUGCUAGAAGAGAUGGACAGUGCUUAUAAUGACAUUCCACUUCACAGCAACAUUCGGUAGCUAAGUCAUGGCAAGGUUUUGAUGCGCUUUGUAAACUGUUUUGAUGCAAUCAAGGCCUUUUUGUCAGAAAAAGGACAAAACUACCCCGAACUGGAUGAUGACAAAUGGCUGUGUAAGCUCACGUUUCUAACUGACAUCACCGCUCACCUAAACGAACUCAACCUCUGUUUCCAGGGUGCAGCAAACGGGUCUGGAGCUUUAUGAAGCCUGGAAGGCGUUUGUUGUAAAAGUAGCAGGUUUUUUUUCCUUGGGAUAUUCGAACUUUGACUUUCCGCUACUUCCAACACAUAAAAGAGCUAUCGGCACGUUGCACUGUCAGUGACGAUGAGAUUGGAACGUACCUGCAAGAACUGAAAUCAGAAUUUUCUGAUAGAUUUCAAGAUUUCCAGCGAUUUGGCCCAAUGCUUUCUUUUCUAAUUAAAUCUGAAAACUUCAAUGCAGGUGACUUGGAUUUGUCUGAAUUUCAGUGGAUGGGUGUUGAAGA